ACAUAUACGGGGGCCUGACACGCGCCAGUCUCUGCUGCGGUCUUUGUUUCUUUCAAAGUGCCGUUCUUUCCAACUCGUAUUUAUGUUUUCUUUCUGAAGUCGUUCUUAAAACUUCUUUCAGUUUUGGCUGUUAACUUUUGAAAGCCAGUUUCAAAUAGGUCAGGUGUGGACGAGGCGUCUUUGUUCCCCUUUGGACAUGGAACUGGCAUAUGUCUGUGACUGGGAGAAGCGACAGAAGAACGCUCACUGUCCAUCCAUACCAGUAGUGUGCUCGUGGUCCUGCAGGAACCUGGUGGCGUUUACCACAGACCUGAAAAGUGACGACAAUGAGAAGGAUGUCAGUCACAUGAUCCACAUCAUCGACACUGAGCACCCCUGGGAUGUCUUUUCUAUCAACUCUGGUCACACUGAGGUCAUUUCCUGCCUGGAAUGGGACCAGUCAGGAUCACGGUUGCUCUCUGCCGAUGGCGAUGGUCAGAUUAAGUGCUGGUCCAUGACUGAUCACUUGGUAAACAGCUGGGAGAGCAUCCUGUCUAGCUCUUUGGAUAGAGAUCCCAUAAUUGCCCUUAGCUGGUUGCAUAAUGGAGUCAAACUGGCUCUGCAUGUGGAGAUGUCUGGUUCCACAAACUUUGGAGAAAAGUUCUCCCGGGUGAAGUUCUCUCCUUCUCUCACCCUGUUUGGAGGAAAACCAAUGGAAGGCUGGUUAGCAGUAACAGUUAGCGGUUUGGUCUCCGUGUCAUUGCUAAAGCCAGGCGGCUCCUUGCUGACGGCCAGUGAGAGUCUGUGCCGGCUUCGAGGACGGGUGGCAUUAGCUGAUAUUGCCUUCACUGGGGGAGGUAACAUUGUGGUUGCAGCAACUGAUGGAAGCAGCUCCUCUCCUGUCCAGUUCUACAAGGUGGUGGUUAGUGUUGUGAGUGAGAAGUGUCGCAUUGACACAGAGCUGUUACCAUCCCUGUUUCUGCGCUGCACUACCGAUCCAAUGAGGAGGGACAAAUACCCAGCUGUCACACACCUGAAAUUCCUGACCAGAGAGAACUCUGAGCAGGUUCUGCUGUGUGCAUCCAAUCAGACUGGCAGCAUUGUGGAAUGCUGGUCUCUUAGAAAGGAAGGUCUUCCUGUCAACAACAUCUUCCAGCACAGAUCCCCAGUUGUGGGUGAAAAGCAGCCAACCAUCCUGAAGUGGCGGAUUCUGACAACCACCGGCGACCUAGAGAGAGUGUCUGCUGUUGCUCUUCCCAAACUGCCUAUCGCCAUAUCCAACACUGACCUCAAGGUUGCACCAGACACCAAGUUUUGUCCAGGUCUUGGUCUGGCUCUGGCUUUUCAUGAUGGCAGUAUUCAGAUCCAUCAUCGCCUCUCCCUUCAUUUCAUGGGGAUUUACUACAGCUCCUCCUCCUCUGGUCCACGGCCCGGAGACGAAGCAACCUUGAAACGCCAAAGAACUUCAGGUCCUUUCCUCCACUUUAAAGCCUUGCAGUUCUCUUGGACAUCAUUAGCUUUGGUUGGAAUUGACAACUACGGCAAGCUCCACAUGCUGCGGGUAUCUCCCUCCAUGUGUCAGGUGCUGGACAUGAAUACAACACUUCGCCACCUCCUCUUUCUACUAGAGUACUGUAUGGUGACGGGCUAUGACUGGUGGGACGUGCUGCUGCAUGUGCUUCCCAAUAUGGUGCACAACCUGGUGGAGAAGCUGCAUGAAGAAUACAUGAGGCAGAACCAGGCUCUGCAGCAGGUCCUGGCAACGCGUAUUGUAGCUGUGAAGGCCUCUCUGUGUAAACUGUCUGCAGCAACGGCAGCUCGAGCUUGUGACUUUCAUGCCAAAUUGCUGCUGAUGGCCAUCAGCUCCACGUUGAAGUCUCUGUUGAGGCCACACGUCCUCAACACCCCUGACAAAAGUCCAGGUGAUCGGCUCAGUGAGAUCUGUGCUAAGAACACGGACACAGACAUAGACAAGGUAAUGAUUAAUCUGAAGACGGAAGAAUUUGUGUUGGACGGCCCACCCCUUCAGUCCCUACAACAGCUUAUCCAAUGGGUGGGGGACUUUGUCCUCUACCUUUUGGCCAACUUGCCCAAUCAGGGCUCCAUGGUUCGGCCUGGAUUUGGUUUCAUGAGAGACGGGGCAUCGCUGGGGAUGUUACGCGAGAUGCUGGUGAUGAUCAGGAUAUGGGGUCUUCUGAAGCCAGGAUGCCUGCCCACCUUCACCGCCAUGUCGGAUAGUCAAGACAGCCUCCAGCUGCUGUUCAGACUGCUGACCAAGCUGUGGCUGUGCUCUCGGGAGGAUGGCCCCACCCAGGAGCCCGAUGAGGGCCUCAUUGAUGAGUGCUGCCUGCUACCCAGUCAGCUGCUGGUUCCUAGCAUGGACUGGCUCCCUGUGAACGAUGGCGUCAUUGUAAAGCUGCAGGGAAAGAACCCCCUCAAGCUGCAGUUUGGGAAAGCUUCCUCCUUACCAGGAGCAGCCGGCGGCGCCCCAUUGGAAGCACUUACCAGGAGUCCUGGCUCACAGAAGAUGGACAACCUGCGCUGUGUCUUUUUAGGAGUUUGUCCCACUGAAGAAAGUAAAGCCUGCACCAGAUGCGGCUGUGUGACGAUGCUCCGUUCCCCCAACAAGACCAACGCUAUGAAGCAGUGGGAGCAGCGCUGGAUCAAGAACUGCCUGUGUGGAGGCCUGUGGAGGAGGAUCCCAGCUGCUCUCAGCUAACACUGGAAGCUGCACCAGUCUGAGGGAACAUUUUUGUUUUCCACUGUAAAUAUUGUAACUCUUUCAAUAAAAGACAAUAAUACU